CUCUUUUCAUAGCGUUAUUGUACUUAGUGGGCGGGAUUUGGGACGCGUGAUACUUAGCUUGUCUGCUGCACGCCGCCUCUCUUGUCGCCGUUGCCAUUCACAUGCCCGUGACACUUCCUCGCUGCCGCCCUAUGCCCAUGCUUCCACUUUUGCCUAUAGGUGAGCUCGACUACGACCAGCGGGCGGGAAUCUGGGAAUUAGGCGUGCUGGGUAAACGUUGUUUAGCGCGCCCAGGGUGCGGAGCAUGGACGCAUACAGGUGCAUCGCGGGGUCAGGCCGAAUGGUCGCCCGUGGGGUUCCAGGCUUAUCGCGGGUAAGUAUGACUACCUGGGUCACGACAGUCACGCGACGCUCGGUAAAAUGGUGGGUAUCGGUAAGUAACUCCGUCGCGUCAUUGGGCGGGCUUUCGUUUCGUUUUUUAACACAAGGGCACUACCUGUGUCAUCUGUGGAUCGUCAGGGGCCAUCAGGGCUUCAGGAAGUCAGGACGGGUCUUGGCGCUUCUGGCUGGGGCUCGCUUUUCCAAUGAGGGACCUAUGGGCGGGCCUUUGGGCUGAGGGCUUUUAAGCCCCCGGGUAUUGCUUUUGCUAAACUGUACUGUACCUUUCAAAUGGGCCGGGUGCGCGGAGCUGGGGUAGUUUGGGCGACCUGGCGGACUGGGCGACGACGAGCUCAACACCUUCGUCGCCCUGUUCCCGCUGGUCGCGGUACCAGCACCACGCUAUUUGCCUCUUAAGCCCGCGUCACAGGUCCGGGACCCCGUCCGGUGCCCGCGAUGCAUGCGCGAUAUGCCCAUCGGUACCGCUCGGUCACCUUCGGCGACCACCUGAUGGCUCUGGCGGACGGCGGACCUCGUCACGGAAUACGGCCAGGUCGCCGAGGCGUACGGCGCAGCACUACCAUGCACCCGCGACACGUCGCGGCCCGCCUGGCCCGCCAUCCCUGCCCCAGCCUGCGCCUGCGCCUGCACGCCGCCGUGCUCGCCGCCCUGCUGCGUAACGUCAGCGAGGGCGGGCGGCUGUACGGACACGCCUGCCGCGCACUGGGGCUGCAGGCGCUGCGGGUGCCGUCGCCGCCGCCGCAGGCGGAGGCGGAGGCAUUGGCCGCGGCGGCGGCCGCGGCGGGCAGCCCCUGGACGGGUGUGGCAGACGGCGGCGGCUGGGGCGGGAAGGAGGAGCAGUGCAGGAAGCAGGAGGAGCAUGAGUGCGCGAGGGAGGUGGUGUACCCCGGAGGUGGUGUUAGCCGCGACGGCCGCAGUGCUCUGUCGCCGUCGUCGGCGGCCCCUGACGCGAGAGCCACAGCCGGCAACCGCGCGACAGCACCAGCUGCUACUGCUGCAGCCACUGCUAGUGCUACUGCUACUGCGGCAGCUGCUGCUACUGCGGCUGCUGCUGCUGCUACAGCCCCCGAGGGCGGUGUCCUGGGCGGCGGCCUGGUGCGGCUGUGCCGGCUGUACUGCAGGCGGUUCGACUGGUUCUGCGGCCUGGAUCCCGGCGUGGUACGGCUGGAGCAGUUGCGGGCGGCGGCUCGGGCGGCGGCGCAUGUGGCGGCGGCGAUGGUGGCGGCGGUGGGCGCGAUGGGCUGGUGGUGUGGUGGCGGUGGCGGCUUGGCAGGAGGGUGGUGGUGGUGGUGGUGGUGGCGGAGCGUGCGGGCGGCGGCGGUGGUCUGGCUGGCGGCGGCGGGCGUGAUGUUGUGGCGCGAGUGACGGGCCCCUGAGUUCUUGGGCGGGCUUGAUGUUGUCAGUGUUACGCAGUAGGUGCUGCACUGCCGCGAUGCAGGGUUUGCACUUGGCAGGAGCGAGACGCAACACGUGCUGUGCAGCGCCUUGUCAAUACGCAUGUGUCCCCCGGACCCGUCUAAAGACGCAGUAAUAACUCCGACGCAGUGCGCAUAAUACGGGAAGUUCACUCGGCGCGCUGGUCGGACUUCCUGGUUGUCUCAGUAGCGCUGAACGGGAAAAGGACACAUCUUUGCGUGGCCGACUUGUUGGAAAGGACGCCGACUGGUUGUUUACAGCGCAGCCAUCAGCGCUGCUCUCUCUCUGCCCCACGCCGCUUUUCGGCAGGCGCCACGUUCCACAACAUCUCUCUCAAUUGCACAAUUGUUGCUCAGACCUGCUCGCAUUUAAAAAAGGACGUUGUCGCAUCAUUCCACGACAGGUGCCCGCAAAUGCACGCGGGGACGCCUGCUAUAUGUAAAUUGCACUCCCACUCUUUUACUCUUUGUCAAAUGCAUCUAAAAAGAAUGCGCUUAUGUGGCGCCUCGGGCCCAUUGCUGCCCUGUGCCUACGCGCCUCUAUGCUAUGCUCACUACACACACGUCACUACAAGUGUACUUCAUCGUACCUCAGUCCCAACCUGCAGGGCAAACAACAACUACUAUACC